AUGGCACUCUUAACACCCCAGGGAGUGAAAGAAGUUUUCCACUUUCAGAAAGCAGAAGGUUGCAAACACCUGCGGGCACUGCUGAACUGGGAAGAUUAUGAUGACGUGAAAGACUUACGCAGAAGCAUCCUGCUGGACAUCCUCUACGAAAGCAUCAUCUUUGCAGUGGGUAAAGGCUUCCCAUGGGUCAAGGUGGUCCAAGUGACUAAGUUCACAGAGGAGUUGCUCCAGGAAGCUAAAGGUUGCCCCAUUACUGAAGCUAUUACAAUCCUGGGCAAGAAGCUCAGAGACUACCAGGGACAGUUCAACACCACCCACCUGCUGGCCCUCUGUGACUACUUCAACAACACCUUCAUCAGCCACUACAAACUCUACCAGUAUGUCCUGUGCCAGGACCAGGAAGUCACCCUGACUGUCACCCCUUUGGAGAUAUGCACGCCACCGCAGCCUCUCCCACUGGCCCAGGGCAUGGACAGGGAGGUCUGGCAGCAUGAGCAGCAGGUGGCUGAACUCUCAAUGGCCGAGGUGCAGAAACGUACCAACGUGCUGCUCCUGAAGGAGGCACUGUACCUGGAGCAGGAGCACAUGCUGCAGAAGAUUUUCCAGGACAGAGCCUCAGAGCCGAGGCAGGUGCUGAAGAGAGAGGAGUUAGAAAACCUCGUCAAUGAGGCCAUUCACAUCCAGAUCGAAUGCCUGAAGGAGCUGUUGCAGUACGAGGUUCAGGUAGCAUUUGAUAUUUUGGAUCUAAAACUUCAGAAGAAGAUUUUAAAUCUCAAUCCUCCCAGUCCUUUCCCUCCCUCAGCCACUGGCCAGUCAGGACAGGAGGAACCUCUAAAACCCCAAAAGGAAAGCAAAGGAAAGAGAACAAAAGCAAAGAAAUAG